AUGGCGUAUAUGGAGCAAAGCAAUGCAGACGAAAUGCUUUCUGCAGUUGAACAAGACGGGCAGAUGCUUCAAACAGAUCAAGAUGUUCGCGAGUCUACAAGUAUAGCGUCUUCUGAUGGUAGUAUCGACCGAAGUGAUGUUACAAUACGGCGAAAUGCGAAAGUUCGUAUGCCGAGAUUACAAGCCAAUGUCAAUGAGCAAUUAAUGCUAGAAGAGAAUUUAACGCGCCUCAACUGAAACAGUCGAAGCGGUUCUUUAUCAGCAGUCACAGCUAAGAAGAAUGAGAUAAACACUUUAUUAGCCGAAGAUGCUGAUAUUAAGCAGGUUUUGGACAAAUAUGAAAGUUUGAAGCGAUUAUUUGAUAAAUAUUUCGAUGCUCACCGAGCGUAUCAAUGUGAGUUACUCGAGGCGGAACAUAUAGAACAAACUGAUAAACAAUACGAAGCCCAAGAAAUAUCAUACCGAGACUUUGCGGAUAAAAUAAAUCAGUGGAUUAAAACUAAAGAGCUCCGUUCGAAGUCUGUUCCUGAAAUAUCACCUAAUGACUCCGUAAGCCAAGUCGCUUCGAACGUUUCGUCAAAGACAAAGUACUCUACUCGCUCAUCGGUGACGUCUGAGUUAAGAGCUACUGAAGCUGUAAGAAUGGCCGAACUUGUGGUUCAAGCAAAGUCGUUGGAGAUUCAGCAACGUUUAGAGCAAGAAAAACUACGAAUACAGCAGGAAGAAAGUCGCAUAAAGUUGGAGAUGGAAAUCGCUAAAAGUGCGGCUAAAGAAAAAGCAUUAGCGGCCUUACAAAUACCUCAAUCAACCACUACGUCUACAAACCUAGAUGAUGCUCGUCAAAGUCCUGCAGUUGUGAAAAAUUCAUCAAGACAUCAAACACCAAGACCUCACUCAACUGGUAGAAAAUUACCCCAACUGCCACUUAUUAGUAAAGCAAACAAAGGCGCAACCAUCGAGAAGCCAGUCGAGCAACGAGAUAGUUUCGAAAGGCGUGAUCAACCGGAAUGA